GCGUGUGGCUCCCGGAGCCGCGUGUCUCACGAACUCAACUUCUGAACUUGUGACCACAGCGGCAGUGCACUGAGGUCCUUGAGAGACCGUCUAGCUUGUCCUGGGCCCACUGACCUGGGUGGUGGAGUUAUGGUCGUCCCAGACCAGGAGCGGCGUGCGCCGGGCCGGGGGCUGAGAACCAGACGGCAAGGCCGCGGCCCUGCGUGGGGAGAGACUCGAGAAAAGCGAAGCCGAGUCCCUGGGUAAUUUGCCAAAAUGACCAACACAAAGGGAAAGAGGAGAGGUACUCGCUAUAUGUUCUCUAGACCUUUCAGAAAACAUGGAGUUGUUCCUUUGGCCACAUACAUGCGAAUCUAUAAAAAAGGUGAUAUUGUGGACAUCAAGGGAAUGGGCACUGUUCAAAAAGGAAUGCCCCACAAAUGUUACCAUGGCAAAACUGGAAGAGUCUACAAUGUUACUCAGCAUGCUGUUGGCAUUGUUGUAAACAAACAAGUUAAGGGCAAGAUUCUUGCCAAGAGAAUUAAUGUACGCAUUGAGCAUAUUAAACAUUCAAAGAGCCGAGACAGCUUCCUGAAGCGUGUGAAGGAAAAUGACCAGAAAAAGAAGGAAGCCAAAGAGAAAGGUACUUGGGUUCAACUGAAGCGCCAGCCUGCCCCACCCAGAGAAGCACACUUUGUGAGAACUAAUGGAAAGGAGCCCGAACUGCUGGAACCCAUUCCCUAUGAAUUCAUGGCAUGAUAAAUGUAAAGAAAAUAAAAGACCUCAAGACCGUAAAAAUGUUUCUCUCAAUUGAGUAGAAGUGUGGUGUCCUUUCCCCCAAAAAAAUAUUUAAAGCAAACUUUGUGUCCUAA